AUGAGCUCACGAGGGUCUGGUUCGUACGACGAGAAGGUCGACAUCAAGGACGGAGUUUCAGGGGUCGCUGUCUCUGAGCUCCCACCCCACCAUGUUGCCUUCACCAACGAUCAAGUUGAUACGGCCGCCCAGCUCGUCGCUGGUCAAGACUUUGAUCUUGAUCCGGCUGAGGGAGCGCGAAUCAGGAAAAAGAUUGACUGGCAUAUCCUUCCCAUGAUGUGCAUGCUCUACUGGGUCCAAUUUAUGGAUAAGACCACUCUCGGCAGCUCCGCAAUCCUGGGCAUCAGACAAGCAGCUCACCUGACGACCAAUCAAUACAACUGGCUCGGCACGAUUUUCUAUCUGAGCUACCUUGUCUUCGAGUAUCCGCAAAACCUUGCUUUGCAGCGAUUCCCUGUCGGCAAAUGGAUGAGCAUCAACAUUUUUGUAUGGGCCGUUGCCUUGUGUAGCCACGCGGCUUGCAAAAGCUUCGCGAGUUUGUUCGUCGUUCGCCUUAUCCUCGGCAUGUGCGAGGGUUCCAUCACUGCGGGCUUUAUGAUCGUGAGCUCUAUGUUCUACACCCGCACGGAACAGACGCUACGUGUCGGCUAUUGGUUCUUGAUGAACGGCACUGCUCAAAUUAUUUCCGGAUUCAUUAGCUUUGGUGCUCUACACAUCAGCACCCCGAAAUUUGAGCCGUGGCAGUGGCUAAUGGUCAUCACCGGUAGCAUUACGCUUUGUAAUGCGAUCGCGUACUGGUUCUUCUUCCCUGACUCGCCCACAAAUGCCUGGUUUCUCACACCGGACGAACGUGCCAAGGCUGUGCAGCGCAUCAAAGGAAACCAAACCGGUGUCGAGAACAAGCACUUCAAGCUUGAGCAGGUUCGCGAAGCUCUGCUUGACCCAAAGACCUGGCUCUUCGCGCUUUUCAGUGCGGUGGAUAACAUCCCGAACAGUCUGACGAACCAGCGCCAGAUCAUCGUCUCAUCCUUCGGUUUCACGGCGCUCCAGACGACACUCCUUGGCUGCGUCGAUGGCAUGAUCGAGAUUGUCACCAUCUACGUGGGCGUGACUAUCGCAGCAAAAUUCAAAGACUCACGCGCAUACGUCGGAGCAGUGUUCUUUAUUCCCAAUUUACUGGGCGUGCUGCUGGUCAACCUAUUACCGUGGUCGGACAAGGUCGGUUUGCUGUUCGGACAGUGGCUUACUGGUGUCGGCACAACAGGCUUCGUUCUCUCGCUCUCCUGGCUCUCGAGCGUCACCGCAGGGCACACGAAGCGUGUCACAGUCAAUGCAAUCAUGCUCAUCGCGUACUGUGUCGGCAACGCCGCGGCGCCGUUCAUGUGGCAGGCAAAGUACCAGCCGCGGAACCAUAUCCCGUGGACGAUCAUCGGCAUCUCCUACGUUGUCUGUCCGAUACUCAUGCUCAUCAUCCGCUGGCUGCUCGCGCGCGAGAACCGACGCCGCGACGCUGAGCCCGUCGACGAUAGAUAUGAUGACGUCUAUGUUGAGAUUACCACUCCUGACGGGAAGAAGAUUGAGAAGAAAGUGUCCAAGGAAUUCCUGGAUCUUACGGACAUUGAAAACCGGGACUUCCGCUAUGUGCUGUAA